AUGCUGACAGGACUGGACGCCGCAGUGGCGGGCCGCGUUGCAGAGGCUGCUCGAGUCUUGCGACGGGGAUGUGGACGGAAGCCUUUCGCGGAUAGAAGUUCACGAUUGCCAAGAAGUCCAUGCGACCUACAGGGGCGGGCACGUGCUGCCUAUCAACGGCACGCGCGCGGGCGGCUUCGCGCCGGAGGCGCUGGACGCGCUGCAGGCGGCGCUGGAGGAGGCACUGGACGGC